AAAUCCUCCAGCUGUACAGAUAUUAAGGAUAGGAUCAAUGGAAAAUGAGACGAAAUCGACUGAUUACAGUUGAAGCACAUUUAUUUCAUUUCAUAUGCAUCUAAAAUUAUUUAUCAUAUUUCUGAGGUUACAUGAAGCUCAGAUCAUAUUUCCUGUGUGUGAAUAAAACCUGCUGAAUAAAGUGUUUCUGGAGGACGCCUGCAUCAGACCAUCUCUGCUUCCUGGGAUGUUUUAGCUGUAAUUUGUUUUGCUCUCUGUAACCUUCAGGUUAUUUUCAGGAUUUCAGUUCUGAAUAAAGUUAAAUUUGGUUUUAAACAAAACAAUUAAGUUCCUAAUGAGUAAUGUUGAUGUUAACGUCUUUCAGGAGUAAAUGAAACCAGCUGGCUGCUGAAUGAGAUACCACUAAUCCGCUGACCUGCUUCUUGCCAGCAGGAGAACUACGGUGGCCUGCUUGCUCCACUUUUAAUUGGCGGAGGCCGUCCUGACCUGCUGGCUGCAAACAGGAGCUCAGCUGGAAACUGAGCGACAUGAAAGAGGAGCCGAGGGCCCGGCCUGCUGACGGACACACCCACACACACCCACCGUUACCAACCUUAACGAUGAUCAAUCAGCCUGACUUUCACCGUCCUUUCACUAUUUCUCCAAUUUAAGUCGCAAAUUCUUUCAGUUGUUUCUUGUUCCACACAGAAAGUAUGAAAACAUGGAAGCAGUUCAUCAGACACAGACAGGAAAUCAUUCCCAGGUCCCGCGGCUCGUCCUGCGCGCUGAUUGGAUAAACGGGCACGUGCGCGCUGUGCGCGGGGACACGCACACACCUGGUGCUUUGAGUGGGAGGGAAUCUGCUGCUUUGCCCACACGGGACUCUCUUCAGAGCAAGAAAUACUCCCUCUGUCCGUUCCAGCCCUGCAGUUACAGAACCAGGACCAGAACCAGAACCAGAACCAAAACCAGGACCAGAACCAGAACCAGAACCAAAACCAGGACCAGAACCAGAACCUGGAGCUGGACCUGCAGCUGGAGCUGCUGCGCGGAGGUUUCUCUCCCUUCCCUUCAGGGGGGCUGCUGUUUUUGGAGAGUCUGGUGCGCUUUACGCGCAGCGCGCAGUGAGUUCGCGUCUGAGUGUGACGGAGAAGUCUUUGGGAGCGCCAUCGUUGGUGUUUCCAUGGAAACACUGGGCUCUAUAUGGGAACAUGGCCCCAUGGACCUCUGUGACCUGGAUGAGGGCAGAAACACACUGCCGGCUGUGUGGGAAUCUCAGGGUGUUUUCACGCCCCCUGCUGGCCUGAUGUGGACACAGCAGCUCUCGCCUCACCUCCAGAGGAACAAACAGCUGCAGGAGACGCUGCUGCAGAGGGAGGAGGAGCUGGCCAGGCUGCAGGAAGAGAACAACAAACUCAGAGGAUUCCUCAAUUCCUCUUUCGUGAGGAACCUGCAGGAAAAAGCUAAGAAACUCACCGCAGACACGAGGAAGACGCUCAAGAGGAACCUGGAGACCUUCGACCGGGAACCGCCCAGAACCCGCAGUCAUCCGUUCUCCAAACAGAUCUCCAAGAGAGUCUGCAGAAACCUGACUGCUGAGUUCUGCUCCGGCUCCUUCGAGGGCUCAGCCUGUUCGGAACCAAACCUGGAUCUCUGGGUUCUGCGAACGUUGGGCUUGAAGGACCGAAACACCAUCGACACGUCAAAGGAAUCGUCAUCAGAGUACAGCUUCAGAGAUCUGCUUUACCAAGAUGCUCUGCCCCCGUCGCUGGCUGCUGAACGCUCCAGAUCCUCUUCCAGCUCAGCCGCCACCAUGUCCACGCAUGUCCACCAUGUCCACCAUGUCCACGCCGUCCACCAUGUCCACGCCGUCCACCAUGUCCACCUGUCCACCCUGUCCACGCCGUCCACGCCGUCCACUGCCCACAGCUACUGCCGAACGGCCUAUCGGUCCUCUGAAUGUGGCUUUCCUGCCACGUGGACUCACGCCUGUCCAGGGUGUCCAGGAGACGUCACUGCCGCGGCGCUGACCGAGCAUCACCAGUCCUCUGGAGCUCAGGCGGCUCCUGGAGGCCGGCCGCUGGAGGCCAGCUCUAAACGUUUAUCGUCCAGCUGGUUUCCACAUCCAGACUGCUGGACUCCUGCCAAACCAGAGCUUCCCUCUUCCAGCUCUGUGCUGCACGGACCUCAGGCGCCCUCCGGUGGCCGCAGCCCUGCAGGGCAGCCGGACACGUCUCCGGCCGCCAGACCGGCGGAUUUGGCCUUCAGCAUGUCCCUCAGCCCGUCCAGCAGCGUGAAGACACACAGCUUCCCCCAGGGACAAGCCUUCAUCAGGAAGGACUCAGGAGGUCGGUGGAACUUCACCUGGGUUCCCCGGCAGGAACCCUAACCGACCGGAAGGUUCCCCACACAGAGAGGCGCCUGUUUUAGCCCGUUUAUAUAAAUUAUACUAGUAUUCCUGCCAGUACGGGG